GCGAGCGAUCGUUCGCAUCCACGCGCAACGUAGCUUGCACUAUCACGCAACAACGCGGGAAACUCCACCAAACAAACUUUGUGAAUAAUCAAUCGUUGAGUGUGACAACAAAAUAUACUAUUAAUUUCUUAAAUUCCAUGUUGUGAAAGUGCUAUAUGACGCCAUUUUUGUCCGUCGGAAAGUUUAAAAUAUAAAAAGUUUAAUGCUAAUAUAAUGCUAAUAAAAGUGUAUCGAUAUAAUUAUUAAUCUACUGUUACGUAUUGUGACUUAUAGUGAAUAGUUAAUUCAUUUCGUAUUGUCAUUGACUCAUCUAUUUUAUAUACACUGAUACGUGACUUCGCUCGCUGAUGGCUCUACUGGAUCGCUGCGAUACAACUUAAAAUGGACGUGACAGUUUGUCAAGGAGGCGCGGUGCGCUAGAAUGUUGCCGAUUAGAGCAGUGCGCUGGCGACAUGAACCGGUCAGCGCCUCUCGAGUGCGACACGGAUGUGGGCGUGCCCGACUCCGACAAGCUGUUCCGGUUCGUGGUGCACGGGGUGCUCCUCAAUGCGAUUGGUGCCGGCGGCCUCUUAGGCAAUGCGCUCUCAGUGCUAGUACUAUCUCGCCCGCAGAUGCGAUCCUCCAUCAACUGCCUACUCGUUGGCCUCGCCGCCUGCGACACCGUGCUUAUAUUCACAUCAAUUCUUCUCUUCGGACUCACAGCUGUAUAUCCUUACACGGGAGCUUUGAGAUACUAUUAUUACCACAUAUGUCCUCAUUUAACACCCUACGCUUAUCCGUUGGCAAAUGUUGCCCAAACGAUGUCAGUCUACCUCACACUGAUAGUAACAGUCGAGAGAUGGGUGGCUGUUUGUCAUCCUUUUCGAGCGAAGGCACUCUGCACAUCGUCACGAGCGCGUUGGUAUGUACUCGGUACUGCAACAUUCGCUUUCGCCUACAAUGCGCCCAAGUUCUUCGAGGCAGAAGUUGUAGCCGAGAGCGACCCCGAAGUCGAAGAAAUAAUAUACUGUGUUCGAGCAAAUGUGGACUUCCGAACCGAUAGAUACGUGGCGGUGUACAUACACUGGAUGUACCUGGUGGUAAUGUACAUUGUACCUUUCUCCGCUUUAGCAGCCCUCAACGCUUGCAUCGUUCGACAAGUACAUCGCGCGCAGGCAGAGCGAGCGCGACUAUCUCGCGUGCAACGCCGUGAACUAGGCCUAGCCACUAUGUUGCUUGUCGUCGUUCUAGUUUUCUUUCUCUGCAAUCUGUUACCGCUCGUAACCAACGCUUUUGAAGUAUUUCUUGGAGAUGCUUUCGACAAUCUCGAUCCACUGGUAAAAACGAGUAAUCUCCUCGUGACUAUAAACAGCAGCGUCAACUUCGUGAUCUAUGUUAUUUUCGGAGAAAAGUUCAAGCGUGUAUUUCUCAAGAUUUUUUGCGCGGGGCGAAUUCGGCCACGGGGGCUGCGGGACUCGCCAGAGCAUACAAGGGACGAUUCGUUUGCGUCAUGCGGGGAGCGCAUGUCGCUGCGGCUGGCGCGCAACGGCACUCUUCGACGAUCGGAGAUGCGCUCGACGCGUAUGAGCCGGCCUCGACGUGCAGCCUCGCCCGCUCCCACCGUCUACUACCCAGCACCCACGCCCUCUACCGACAUCUCUCUCGCUUCCACCGAUGCACCUCCUUCCGCAGUACGAUGGAACGGAAAUUCGAGGCUUCACUUCUGACGCCGUGAAUCAUAAAUUCCUUGCUCACUUUGAAGAUAUGCGCUUGAAAAGAUAAACUACCUCCACUAGUGUUAAAAAGUGAAGUGGCAACGAAUGUUUCAAAAUUAAAGUGAAUCGUAGUUCAUAAGAAACUUAAAAGACAAUUAUUGUAUUAUGUGUCAUAUAUAUUGUUAUGCUGAGAUGCUGUGAACUAAUUAUUAUCAAAUCAAAGGUCUUUACUUUUAAUUGACAAGAUAUUAGACACGACAACAAGAAAUUGUAAAAUUUUAUCGAAAACUGUGUACGUAUGUAUAUAAUAAAAUGUAAAUAAGGCAUUCAAUUAUAUUUAUAAGAUAUUCUGAAAUAAUUGACAGCAGCCAUGCUCUGAGAGGGCACCUGCAACAAUAUUGUACGGUAUAAAGUGAUUGUGUCAUGUUCAACAUGGUUCUUAAUUAAUUAAUUAAAGAUCAUUUAAUGUAUCAUAUCGU